CACGCGCGGCCGUGCAGGCGCCCUCGGGGGCCUUUAAAUGAGGCCUUCCCAGGCGCGCCGCAGUGAGUUCGGCAAAGCGUGUGUAGAACGGUCGGCUUUUCCCCGGGCCAGAGCCGCUUGGGACCCUGAGUUGAAUGUAGACUCUAGGAAGGAUCCGAUCCUCAUUCUCUCGGAGCCUUCCCUGCCAGGCUGAAAUAUUGUGAGCUAGAGUGAAGGAGAAAUCUAGGAAGAUGAGCUCUAGCAUAACCAUGAGUGAACCGAGACUGAACUGGGAUGUUACACCCAAAAAUGGCCUUAAGGCAUUUUUCUCUCCAGAAAAUUACAAAGAUCAUUCCAUGGCUCCAAGCUUAAAAGAACUCUAUAUUUUGUCUAACAGACGUAUAGGAGAAAAUUUGAAUGUCUCAGCAAGUUCUGUAGAAAAUGAGCCUGCAGUUAGUUCAGCAACUCAAGCAAAGGAAAAAGUUGGGAUGAUUCUCCUUCCAAAACCAAGAGUUCCUUAUCCUCGUUUCUCUCGGUUCUCACAGAGAGAGCAGAGGGCUUACGUGGAUUUGUUGGCUAAAUAUGCGAAGAUCCCCUCAAGUUCCAAAGCUGUUGGAACAAAUACAAAUGAAUUCCUGCAGUAUUUGGAUAUGAAAAAACAUGUGAAUGAAGAAGUUAAUGAAUUCCUAAAGUUUUUGCAGAAUUCUGCAAAGAAAUGUGCACAGGAUUAUAAUAUGCUCUCUGAUGAGGCCCGUCUCUUCACAGAGCAAAUGCUAAGAGCUUGUAUUGAACAAGUGAAGAAGUACCCAGAAUUUUAUACUCUCCACGAAGUCACCAGCCUAAUGGGAUUCUUUCCUUUCAAAAUAGAGAUGGGACUGAAGUUAGAAAAGACUCUUCUUGUUUUGGGCAGUGCAAAGUUUGUAAAAACAGCAUUUCCCUCGAUGCCUGUGAAGUUACAGCUUUCAAAAGAUGACAUGUCUUCCAUUGAGACCCCACAGCAGAAAGCUGAAGCUCUGCACUAUGAUAUUAGUAAAGACCCGAAUGCAGAGAAGCUUGUUUCAAGAUACCAUCCGCAGAUAGCUCUGACUAGCCAAGCAUUAUUCACCUUGCUCAAUAACCAUGGACCAAGCUACAAGGAGCAGUGGGAAAUCCCAGUGUGUGUUCAGAUGAUAGCUGUGGAAGGUUCCAAACCAGUUAAAGUAAUUUAUAUUAAUUCACCACUUCCCCGAAAGCAAAUGACAAUGAGAGAAAGAAAUCAAAUCUUCCAUGAAGUACCAUUAAAACAUGUGAUAUCAAAAAACACAUCAGUCCCAGUCUCUGCAGUCUUUAUGGACAAACCUGAAGAGUACACCUCUGAGAUGGACAUAUCCACUGAAACUAAUGAGUGCCGAAAAAUUGAGACUCUAGAAAAUUUGGAUCUGGAUUUUGAUGAUGAUGUCACAGAACUUGAAACCUUUGGAGUAACUACCACUAGUCCAUCCAGGUCACCAAGUUCAGAAAGUGACUCCCCUGUACCCAUCUUGACAGAUGUCCACACAGCCUCCAAAGUAGCAACUGCACCUGUGGCACCACCUGCACCUGUGGCACCACCUGCACCUGUGGCACCACCUGCACCUGUGGCACCACCUGCACCUGUGGCACCACCUACACCUGUGGCACCACCUACACCAAGCAUUACUGAUGAUUCUAGAAGCUUAUGUCAGAUUCUGAUGAAACAAUUACAGAAGGAGAAACAGCUCUUCUCUGGUGUGGAAAAUGGUCCUAAAGAGUUUAAAAAUAAAGAUGAUCAGGUACUUGAAUCAUGUGGUGAAGAGGUUCGCAGUGCAAAAUCUUUGACACAAGAUAAUGAACCCCACAAAACAUCUGAUGGGAUCUCUAAGGAAAUUGAUGUAGAUAUGCUGUAUACCAAUGAUGAAGGACCAGGUGUUCGGGGGAACGCAGACAAUGCCAACAAAACAGCUACUGCAUCAGAAACAGCUAAAACUGGGAAAGGGAUUUCCUGCGGGAGUGAUACAGAUGAGGACUGUUUAAUCAUUGAUACAGAGAGUAAAAGUAAUAGUGAUGGAAAGACAGCUGAUGUGGGGUCUAAACCAGCAAGUCCAAAUUCUUCAGCACAGACUUCUGUGGGAAACCAGACCACUACUACUGUUUCUGAAGAAUCUUGUGUUUUAAAGAAACCUAUCAAAAGAGUCUAUAAAAAAUUUGAUCCAGUUGGAGAAAUUCUAAAAAUGCAGGAUGAGCUUUUAAAGCCAGUUUCCAGAAAAGUGCCUGAGUUGCCCUUGAUUAAUUUAGAAGAAUCUAAACAGCCAUCUGCCUCUGAGCAACCCUCCGUUACUUCAGAUGCCUCAAGCUGGCCAAAAUCUAGUUGGACUUCUGCAUUUCAGAAGCCUAAAGGACGAUUGCCAUAUGAACUCCAAGACUAUGUUGAAGAUACAUCAGAAUAUAUAGCUCCUCAAGAAGGAAAUUUUGUCUACAAGUUGUUCAGCCUGCAAGACCUGCUGUUACUUGUGCGGUGCAGUGUCCAGAGGAUAGAGACAAGACCACGGUCCAGAAAACGGAAGAAGAUCAGAAGACAAUUUCCAGUUUACGUGCUACCAAAAGUAGAAUAUCAAGGUUGUUAUGGAGUUGAAGCUCUGACUGAAAGCGAGCUCUGUCGCUUCUGGACUGAAAGUUUAUUGCAUUCCAACUGCUCGUUUUAUGUUGGGCAUAUUGAUGCAUUUACUUCAAAGCUUUUCAUGCUAGAAGAAAUUACCUCAGAAGAAUUAAAAGAAAAACUUGCAGCACUCAAGAUUUCAAGUUUAUUUAACAUUCUCCAACACAUUCUAAAGAAAUUGUGUAGCUUGCAGGAUGGGUCCUACUUGCUAUCUCACGCAGCAGAAGACUCUUCGCUCCUGAUCUACAAGACCUCAGAUGGAAAAGUUACUAGAACAGCAUAUAAUUUGCAUAAGGCGCAUUGUGACCUUCCUGGUGUACCUUCCAGUCUCUCGGUUCCUUGGGUUCCAUUAGAUCCCAGCUACCUGUUACCAUAUCACAUCCAUCAUGGACGAAUACCUUGUACUUUUCCGCCUAAAUCACUGCGCCCUGCAGCACAACCAAAGGUUGGUGGGACAAGAAUGCCUCUCCGUAGCCACAGGAAUCCAGUUUCCAUGGAAACCAAAAGCAGUUGCCUGCCUGUUCAGCAAGAUGAAAAUGAAGGAGUGGCUCAGAAUAAAAGGAAAAUAACCUAAGGACUGGACCAUGGAAAAUGAAGUUCAGAAAAACCACUUGUACCAGUGUUUAACAUUCAACUUUGAGGGGAAACGAGCCCUAAAAAGCAGCUAGCAAAAAGAGUGUUUCCCCUUGCUAUCCUGGAGUUCUUACAAAGUGCCUUGGAAACCUACUGACUGUGGGAAGGGCAGUGCCAGCAGAAGUUAGUGUCCCUCCUCACUUCUGCGUGGAGAAAGACAAAUAUUUUUAUAGUACUCUUUUCUAAAGAUCACAGAUAGGAAAACCACUUAGUGUUUUAGAAAGUGUCAUGUGUUAUGUUAGUAAUUUGAUUGUAUUGCUAGUCUAAUGAGACUGGCCCAAACGGUUAAACGUGGCCACUGUAGAAAUAGCUGUGUGCGUUCUUCAUGGCCCAUUUUUGUCAGUAUCAACACUACUAUUGAUGUGUUUGAAAACCUGUUGAAAUUCCAUUGUGGACACCAGAAGUGAAAACAAGGAAGAUCCCUGUUUCUGAAAAGUGGCAAAUGAAUAUUUUCCUGCUAGGCAACCACACAUGUGUUUUAUAAAACACUAGCAUUCUGUGGUGUGACAGCUUUAGUGACAGUGCCUCUACAACUUUGCACCAAUUCCAUCUGAGUGUGGUGAACCACUGCCGAAAGCCAAGACAACAUGAGCAUGCAGGCAUUCCGGGAACAAAGCUGGAGCAUUCCAUCAGGCAUGGCUAAGGUGCCAUUAAGCCUAGGAUUUUCUUAUUUAUUUUUCUCAUUUAUCCUGAUUCAUUCAGAAAGCAGCAUCAGCAGUGGGUUGGCCAGUUUGGAUGUGAGGGGACAGACCUGUUCACUUUUUGUUACCUAUUUUUUAAUAAACACUAAAGGUAUCAGAAA